AUGCAAGAGUUUCAGACAGUGCAGAAAGAGGUCUCCGUUGUCAAGGAAUUAUUAUUCACACCUAUCAAAGACAGCCGGGAGUGUAGCAGGCUGAGUCUGAAAAGGCAAUGGUGCCAUGAGCUACCAUUGGAAGGAGCUGUCUGCAGCUCUUGGUGCUCUACUGAGCAUGUCCCAGAGGAGUCCUGUGCUAGCAGCACAUUAUGCAAAAAGGCAGCUCGAGCAGCUGGGAGAGAGGCAGAGCAAGCCUUUGGUCCGCUUGCAUCACCACCGCUCGAAAACAAGCCUGGAUUACUCUGGCUGCCGGGCCAGCUGAAUGAAGCCGAGCGGCAUGGCUUGAUUUCUGACGUAGCAGGACUGCUAAACAACAUGGGGAACCAGGAUGGAAAGCAGAAGAGGAAUGCAGGUGAUGUGCAUGAAGGGGGUGAGGAUGCUUCUGGGCCCAGGGAUGUGGAGGGCACAAAGAAGGGAGCAGGAAGCAAAAAGGGACUGGGGAGGCAUGGCAAAGGGAGUGAAUCCGGCAAAAAGAAGGGGAAGUCAGAGUCCAGGGCGUCUGUGUUUUCCAAUCUGAGGAUCAGGAAAAAUCUGUCCAAGGCUAAAGAUGGAAACAGCAGCUCAAGAGAGGAUGUUUUAGAAAGCCAGGCCUCGCAAACGGGGGAGCUGGACAGCGCUCAUUCGAUUCUUAGCAAAACUCCUGAUAUAAGCAUUUCUGCCGAUGAAGGGGGGCUCUCCGACACAGAUGUGGACCAUUUUGAGAUUACAAAUGAAACGCGUCCAGCUGCUGCGGAGCCGCAGGAUGGACAAAGGACCAGCUCCGGCUCAGAUACGGAUAUAUACAGUUUCCAUUCAGCUACCGAACAAGAGGAUUUGCUUUCCGAUAUCCAGCAGGCUAUUAGACUGCAACUGCAGCAGCAGCAGCAGGGGGCAAUUAACAUUGGAACUGAGCAGCAUGGCACCAAAACAAUGGAUCUACACAUGGCUAAUUCUCAAGCUACCCCCUUAGAUUUUGAAAGGUUUCUUUCUCUAAGCAGCGACAAAGACAGCAGUCCAGAUACUGAGCAGGCUGUCUCGGCAAAAUCGGAAAUUACAGGCUAUAUCCCCACUGGUGGUACCGAAUGUGGAGUGAAGGAAGAGGCCAAUAACAUGGGCUAUCCCUGCAGCAGUGUGUUUGAUAUGGAGGAGCACAGACGAUUGCCAGAGGAGCAGGAGCAGCCUGCUGGUGAAGUUAACGAUUUAAAUGCUGCAGUGGCUGAAAAUGGGACUCUGCUAGACAGUUCUGUGUUUAAUUUUCCGUCCCCAGUAGGUGAGUCCGAGACUGAAGUAGUAGGUGUUGAAUCUGCCAGUUCAGAAAUAGAGGGUGAUAUUGCAGAUGCAGGCCAUGGUCAGGUUGAUGGAGCCAAAGAAAGGAAAUCGAGUGUGUCGGUAAGCAGAGAGGCCGUGGAUGAUGGGUUUUCUGCUGAGAUGAAAAAUAGUACUUUUUCCUCAGAGGACAUCUCGAGCAGUCCUGCGCAUGGUUCCAAAUGUUUCAAGCCUUAUCCUCCCAUAAAUCCAUGCUACAUCAAAACCACCACAAGGCAGUUGAGUUCUCCAAACCACUCACCUUCUUUGUCCCCAUGCCAGAGCCCACUUUUUAAAAGGAGGCGUGAGUCCUCUCAGCGAAAAGUGAGUGACUCAACCAAGAAACAGCGGUCGUCCAGUUUGGCUGGUCCAUUCAGUCGCUCAGCCGACUGGACAGAUGAAAUUUUGGAUCAUAAAGGUGAAAUAGCUCAAAAGUCUGGCUCGGCAGACUUCUUGGAGUACAGGCGGGUGAGAGAUGGCUUUCAAGGAGAGAGGAUGCCUUUGAAUCACUCAAGAAAGACCUCAGGGAUGACACCUUCUAGUGACGCCUUCCCCAAUGUGUUCAGAGGCCGGACUCUUCUGGAAAAGCUGUCCAGCCAGCAGGAAAAUGCACCACAAGAAGAAGCGGAGAAGCUUUGUUCUUGGAUCAUUGCAAUGGGUCUGCUACUCCCCUUCAGUGAUUGCUUCAGAGAGCCAUGCAGUCAAAGUGCACAACAAAGUGCACCAACUUUUGAUCAAGAUCAGCUUUAUACAUGGGCUGCAGUCAACCAACCCACACAUUCAUCAGAUUACAUCGAAGGGCGAUUUCCAAGGAGAAUUCCUUCAGUGUGGCCACCGCCGAAGCCUCCAGAUGAAGAGCAGACAGUGAAACAUACAGAAAAAGACUCCCUGAUCAAACAUGGCAGGCCUGAGAUAAUAAUUAACAAUAAGAAUGGAAUGGAUCCUAAGAAGCAGUUUAUGGAACAGAGCUUCCAUGAACCCAUGUUUUCUACAGCCCUCUGCACCAUCCCAAAUGCUGCUUCUGAGGGCCAAGGAACCUUCAGGAGCAGUGUGGGAUACAGUGCAGAUGUUGUAAUGAAAUCAGAAGAGCGUGCAAAUGAAAUUCAGCGGCUUGAGCAGACCAUACAAGAUCUGAAAUCAAAAAUCGCAGAGUUAGAGAAACAGUUUCCAGCAGCCGAGUUGCCGAUUUCCUCUAGAACUCAGUGGAAUGAAAUCAAACAGCCGACUUCUGAAGGGCUCUCUGAUGCAGAUCUUCAUGAAGAGGAACCACGUACCCUAUCUAAAACAAUAACAGCGAGAUCCGUGCAGACUUCACCAACAGAAGAUUGUUUAAUACACACAAUGCCUUCAGCCAGCACACUGCCACAGCUUCUCCAAGGGGAUGCAAGUCAAGGGCCAACUCAACCAUUGCCAACACUUGAGCCACAAACAACCUUUUGCUCGGAAAUAUCUUUAGUUCUUUCACCAAAACGGAUUUCAGUACAGUUGGAUGCUGCCCAAGAAAAACAUUUGCCACAGCCUUCAGGACUAGAUGCUAAUUUAUUACCUUCUGAGGAAUUUGUAUCAUCCCAUCCACCUCUAAGUACUGAGAGUAUUGCUUGCAGUGAACAUUGCUCGUCCUUAACUUCUCAUCCCAGUUCUAGCUUCCCCACUGGACUACUUAGUUCCCUGCCUGGAGCAGGUGGCUUUUUUUUAACUUCAUCUUCAUCUGGUUCAGGUUUAAUGCCUCCACCACCAUCCCUACCUGCCUCAGGAUUCCCCCCGUCUUCAUCUUGCACAAUGCCACCUCCUGCCCCACCAUUGCCUGGUGAAGGUAUUCCUCCUCCUCCACCACCACCACCUCUGCCUGGAAUGGGCAUGCCUCCUCCUGCCUCUGCUGUGGGUUUUGCAGUUAUCCCUCCUCCGCCUCCUUUGCCCGUGGAUAUCCCACCUCCACCAUGUUUUUCUGGAAUGAGAGUGCCACCCCCUCCACCUUUGCCAGGGGCAGCUAUUCCUCCUGCACCACUGCUGCCUGGCAUGGAUGGUCCACUCUUUUCCUCCCUUCCUCCUGGAAUGCAGGUACCUGCUACAUCCCCACCUUUGGCAAACAUGGGAGUACCACCACCACCACCUUUACCAGGAAUGGGAGUGCCACCACCUCCACCUUUGCCAGACAUGGGGGCACAACCUCCUCCCCAGCCAUUCCUGGGAAUGCCACCCCCUCCCCCACCUCCACCUUUGCCAGGCAUGAGUUUGCCACCCCCUCCCCCACCUUUGCCAGGCAUGGGUGUUCCCCCUCCUCCCCCACCUUUACCUGGUGCAGGUGUUCCCCCUCCUCCCCCACCUUUGCCAGGCGUGGGUGUGCCACCCCCUCCUCCACCUUUGCCUGGAGCUGGAGCUCCUCCUCCUCCCCCACCUUUGCCGGGUAUGGGUGCGCCACCUCCAUUGACUGCUAGCCUUCCACAUGUUUCUGGGUUUCUUCAACCUCCCUUUGCGACUGGUUUGUUUGUAAUGGGGAUGGACCAGGAAAAAGGGAGCAGAAAACAUGCAAUAGAACCUUCUCGACCCAUGAAGCCUCUUUAUUGGACCAGAAUUCAGCUGCAUAAUAAAAGAGAUUCUAGUGCUUCACUUGUGUGGGAAAAAAUUGAAGAGCCUUCCAUAGAUUAUCAUGAAUUUGAAGAACUGUUUUCUAAAACAGCUGUUAAAGAGCGGAAGAAGCCCAUUUCGGACACCAUUGCAAAGACAAAGACCAAGCAGGUUGUCAAAUUGUUGAGCAACAAAAGAUCACAAGCAGUUGGGAUAUUAAUGUCCAGUCUUCACUUAGAUAUGAAAGAUAUACAGCAUGCUGUUGUGAACUUGGAUAACUCUGUGGUUGACUUAGAGACCCUUCAAGCCCUUUAUGAAAAUAGAGCACAAUCUGAUGAACUGGAAAAAAUAGAAAAACAUGGCAAGUCCAGCAAGGAAAAAGAAAAUGCCAAAUCAUUGGACAAGCCUGAACAAUUUCUUUAUGAGCUGUCACUAAUUCCCAACUUCUCAGAACGAGUUUUCUGUAUCCUGUUCCAAUCAACAUUUUCAGAAAGCAUUUCCUCUAUCCAUUGCAAACUUGAAUUGCUUCAGAAACUGUGUGAGACACUGAAAAGUGGCUCAGGAGUAAUGCGGGUUUUAGGCUUGGUCCUUGCCUUUGGAAAUUACAUGAAUGGAGGUAACAGGACACGAGGACAGGCAGAUGGCUUUGGGUUAGACAUUCUUCCCAAACUGAAAGAUGUCAAGAGCAGCGACAAUAGCAGAAGUCUUCUGUCAUACAUUGUGUCAUACUAUCUGCGUAAUUUUGAUGAGGAUGCUGGAAAAGAGCAAUGUAUCUUCCCUCUUCCAGAGCCACAAGACUUAUUUCAGGCUUCUCAGUUAAAAUUUGAAGAAUUUCAAAAGGAUCUCCGCAAACUUAAAAAAGACUUGAGAGCGUGUGAGACAGAAGCAGGCAAAGUUUGUCAGUUAUCGUUAGAAGAGCACAUCCAACCUUUUAAAGACAACAUGGAGAAAUUCAUUAGUCAAGCUAAAAUAGACCAUGAAAUGGAAGAGAAAUCCUUGGCAGAAACACAUAAAAGCUUUUUGGAGACUACAGCAUACUUCUGUAUGAAACCAAAAAUGAGUGAAAAGGAGGUGUCCUUAAAUGCUUUCUUCAGUAUUUGGCAUGAAUUCAGUUCUGAUUUUAAAGAGUUCUGGAAGAAGGAAAAUAAACUUAUUUUGCAAGAAAGGCUUAAAGAGGCUGAAGAAGUAUGCAGACAGAAAAAGGGGAAAUCAAUUUACAAUAUAAAACAAAAGCACGAUUCUGGAAUUAAAGCAAAGAUAAGUAUGAAAAUCUGA